UAUUCAAUCAAUCUAAAUCACAGGUUUCUGCUUAGUAAGAUCAAGAGACUCACUCAAUUCAAUAGUCACCCUCCUAGUGCCAUCAUCACCUAGAUGAUGAUUGCUUGCAGAUUUCAGAAUCGAAGUAGAACCAUCUCCCAAAUCUAUAUCAUUUGUGUUGGGAUCUUUCUAAUAAUACUUUCUGACACCAUUGGUUAAAAUUGGAGGAUGAAAAUGGACUUAUAUGAAAGAAAUUUUUUAUUAGUAGAGACUAAACGGUAAGUUUACAACUCAAAAGAAACUCCCGGCACACGUUUAUUUUUUCUCUCUCUCAUGCCAACACUAGCACACACAAGACUUUCCCUCACUCACCUCACUUGUUCACACGGCACACACACUUGAUUGCAAGCUCUCAUGUUUACUUUUUCUUACACUCUUGCAUUCAACGCCUGCGCGCACAAACACAUAUUUAUAAUAGUUCAAUGGCGGUGACUAAAGCAAUACGGCCCACAUGUUAAAAAGGUGAUGAAGAUUAUUGACGCUUCUUUAAUGGCGUGUCCUCUCCAAGGUUGAUGGUACCAGAAUUUAAUGGAUUCUAGAGUAGAUAAAGAAGUCUAGAAAAAGCAAUUCUAGAAUAUGAAAGGCGGUGUUGAAUUCUUCAACAAUUUGUUGCCUCAUCUUUGUUCCUCAGAGAAUACUUGAAAUAUCCCCCAUCAAUUCACUCCAUGCGACCCUCGUAUCCACGACUACUUGUUUCCAUUUCCUUUUGUCCAUGAUGAUCCACGCCCAUUGACACGUCUUACAACUUUGUCUAAUGAUUCCCUGGAAAAAUCAGCGGAACUUCUCUCCACCCAUUGUAAUUUCCAUCCCUGAUUUUGCUUUUUCCGCUGCUAAUUCCCAGCAAUCAAACAGAAAAUAUAAUCGCAAUAGCAGUAUAUAAACAGGAAGAGGGAAAAAAGAAAAAGCUGAAGGUGGAAACAUGGAAGGAAAAGAGUGGAAAGGAAGGACCUUCAGAUUGUUUAUGGGUUCUGCUACACUUUUUCGCAGAGAAAGAAGAUGCGCGCGUAAAGCUGUUAGGGGCUGUGUAUAUAGCAGCGGUGCUACUGUGGGUGCCGCUGCAUCACAGCAUAUUAAUUGCUGACGUGUUUAACGUAUUAUAUAUAAAAAAAAUCAUUCCACAAAAAGGUCAUUUGUCUUUUUCUCCCCCAAAAAUAAAAAAUAAAAAUUCUAAUGGAUAACGUUUUUGGGUUGCGAAGAACUGGAAGAGAAUUUGCCAGUUUCAGUUUCCAGAACGUGAAGUCUCACCUCAGACAUCCCAACUACUAAGCCAACGUUAAUAUUCUAUUGGAGCAUAAGUAGUGAGAUUGUGUUAAAGAGUUGAUAAAGAAAGAUGGCAUUAAGGCCAUUAAUCUCAAGACAAAAUCUACCAACCUUCGUCUGCUACCUAAAAUCCUCUUUUCAAGCUAAGGAGAAGCCAUUCCCUCCUCAAAAGAUCCUCCAAACCAGAAUCAGUAGAAGAAUAGGAUCAAUAGCAGCAAUGGCUUCAAUUCUCUUGGCAAGGGAAGCAGAAAUUGCAUUUGCGGCAGACUGGAGAAUUCUAGCUUCUGAACAAACAAUUGAAGAGGCAGAGAGAGAGAUCAGAAGUCAUGCACAGUCUUUGCUAGAUAUUAAAGCGUUUUUGGAGUCUGAGUCUUGGCAAGAAGCUCAGAAGGCGCUGCGAAAGAGCUCUUCAAACUUGAAACAUGACUUCUAUACCAUAAUCCAAAGCAAACCAGGAAGUGAGAGGCCUUACCUCAGGAAGCUUUAUUCUGAUCUCUUCAAUAAUGUUACCAAACUAGAUUAUGCAGCGAGGGACCAAAAUGCCUCUCUUGUUUGGCAGUGCUACGGAAAUAUUGUGGUGGCCCUUGAUGACAUUUUGGGCAGAAUAUAAGUUACAUCACACUUCCAUUCUGGUAAAAACAGUAUACUUGUAGUUUUUUGGCCUGUAAUGUAAUGUUUGACAAUUGAAAUGAUACUAAUAUCGCCUACAUACUUUCAGUAAA